CCCUCGAGAAUCCAGGCUAGUUCGAACAAUGAAGUCCACAACUCUACUUUCUCAGGCCCCUUUUUUGCUUAAUUUGCUUCCCUUUCUAAUAUUUGUAGGGAAUACGUAGGCCUUGUUGAUCCGGUUGCAUCUUUCAAGAGAGAUUUUGACAAAUUUUUAGAUAGUAUUCCAGAUCAACCCUACAUUCAAGGACUAGCUUGGUCUGCCAAAUCAAAUUCGUUGGUAGACCAAAUACUACUUUAAGAUUGAAAGGUAAAAAUAGACGAAUUAUAACCCUUCAUUUUAAUAGUACUGGGGAUUACAUUUCCUGUAGCGGUUAGAAAAGCGCGUGAAAAACCAAAUCAAAAACAAGAUUCAUCAGUUUUAGGUGAAAACAAAAGUAACAGGAUUGGGAUUACCCUGUUGGAGUAAUAUUUGACAAUUUGUUAAAAAUAAGACGAAAGUUCAUUCCAUUCCUUACCAAUUUUUCAUUCCAUAUGAGUGAUAACCAAUUCUAUUUUUGAUACUUUUUUUGAUACUUUUAUUAUUGAUUUGACUUUCUUUUAUUUUGUCAUUCUCUUCCUGUAGUCUACUAUUCCUAAUUGUAAGUGCCUUGACUUGCUGAUGAAGCGUCGUGUUUACUUUUCAAGGCGCCUAGAAUGUUCCUGAAUAACUUUCAGCUAUAUUCUCAAGACUUUUAAAGACACUUUUUAAUCUCAAUAGAUCAAGAAGUACAACUGCUGUCUGAUGAAUGAAGUCAGUUGUCGAUCAAAAUAGAAUGAAAUGCUACUUUGAACAUACUUAACGGCUAAUAUGACAAAAAUAUAGCAUUUCAAAAUCAUUGGAUUUAUCUUUCACUACUAAAUUUCAUUGGCUUUGAACACUUUCUUCAAGCUUAGUUUUGGUUGUGUUACAUUCUUUUGAUAAUGUUUCAUAUUUUUCAGUAGUCAUGAACUUAAAUCUUGUUCUUUGUGUUUCACUGCUUCAUUAAGACCAUUUUGCCUUUUAAUUUUGUAUCACUUAUUACUUCUAGAUUUUCUUGGUGAGUGCUGGUUGUGCUUUUCGAAUCAUUUGUCUCAUUAUGUAAAUAUUUCACCAAGUACCAUUUUGUUAGAUCUCCCCAAACAUAUUUGUACUUUGACAAAUCUCUGAAGCAAAUUAUUGGUUUUUAUCAGUGUCUUCGUUUCAUUUAACUUUUUUCAGGAGAAAGGGAGAUAUGAUUUAAUGGGAUUAGGAUGUGUGUAAGGGACUUGUGCGGUCAACUGCCAAGACAUACGACUAUUGUUUCCGAGAGCUUUCCACUCCACUACUGCCGUACUCCAUGCCUAGCGGGAGAUCGAUUUGUGAACGUGGUCCUUCGCCUCGCCCACCCUAAUCGCCUGAAAUGGCCAUUAUCUGAUCUGAAAAGUCAACAAAGUCAAUUAUCCUAAUCCCAGGGGUCGGUCACCCCUUUUUCCUCGGUCAGUUCAGUUUCGCCCGAGGGCUCAAAAGUUUCGGUCGAUUCCCCCGGAGGCCCAAUGUCCUUGCCCUCGGGCGAAAGGAGACUCGAUUUGGGGGCCAGGAGUGACAACUUGGCAAUCGAACCACCCACUGCUUGAGGUGAUUAGAAAACCCAUAAAUCAUGGGAUAAUGAUUUUUUGGUCAGGUAAAUCCGCGAUCCAUCAGGAUAAAUGUCACGAGACAAUGAUUAAACGGACGGCUGUUCAACUUGAUGAGCUGAACAGGAGCUUUAGAAACUGCCCUAAGGAACUUUUUUGACAAAGGAGAGAACUUCUCAAGUAGAUAUCAUCAGCCAAUAUGGCGUAGAGGGAGGCAGGGCAAACCUUCAUGAGAAGAAGAAAGAGUCGAGUUCCCGAAGAAAAAUUGCAAGUCAUGCAUUUCAAAUCAUAUUGCCGGUUGAGUCUUAACAAAUAAAGCAAACAGACACCUUUCGGAGCAUAACUCUUUAAAGCUGCGUAUAUAAGCGCAAUGGUGGUUUACAAUUUUAAGAUGGUUUAAAAACAAAUUGUAACCCUUCUGUCAUCAAAUUAAUGGAUUUUCGGUCAAUGAUCAAAAGUAACUAGUACGAAAAACAUGAUGAGAAAAAAUGGUUCGAAUAAGAAUGAUGAUGUUGUUGCACAAUUUCUUCUUCUUUUUUCAAUUUGGAGUUGUGAGUGGUGCAUUGUUCAUUAUACUGUUUUUUGGGAGUGAGAAGACAGUUUUUACCCCACUCAUUUGAUUAAGAUGGGGAGGAGAUGCAAAAAAACCGAGACAUUCUUCCUUUUCAAUCACGAUCACAUCAUCGUCAUUGCAAACGGUAAUUACAUAAAGCCAUAUUCUGGUCCCCUACAUUGGGUUGGCUAAUCCUUUCAAUUCGAAACAAAUUUUGGUAGCAAAAAAGACCCACCAUUCUUAAUUUCCCCGAAAGGUGACCUGACGUAGUACAAAACAACAUCGAGAUAUUGAAUUCAAAUUUUAAAAAAUCACACCAGAAUAUGCCUGAUCUGUCCAUCUCAAACGAAGAUAGGAUCCUUCAUCGCCUCGACCAGUUUCAUUUUCAAUCAUGAAGUCUCCAUACUUCCUCGUGAUUACGGCCUUACUCUCACGUUACAGUCCUGGAAACUGCAUCUACUUAUACCAAGACCAAUACCGGCACCAAGGACGGAACUUUUGGCAAGACAGGUCGAUCCAAGCCUGUCCCACUAAGCCCUCGAAAAAUGUCAAUCUAAGCCGGAAUUUGGCCUCUGAAAUGUCUCGUUUGGUGGAGGACAUGCGACAACAAAUUCGAAGCAAUGUGCGUGACUUGGGAGCGUCGUUGGACGAUGCCAAUUAUCGGAGUUUGGCCUCAGCCUUUGGAUACACAGUGCAGAUUCUGACCACGGCGGGAGAGUACUUUAUUGGAAAUGGGAUCGCCUCCGUUCCACAGACCUUAUCUAGUGGUGGAGCCAUUCUGGAGAGUGGUGGCUACAACUUUGAGCCUUUUGCUUUUUUAAGACCCUUCUCACCCGAGUGUGUCUCCAACUUUGAGCCGAUGGUCACCCGAUAUCGAAUCCAAGAUCGCUUGCAAGGGCUCGAGCUCCAGAAGCAAUGCCUAAACGCCACCACCAACGACUUGCUGCCUGAGAAAGAGCGCCUCAGGUUGGAUAUCUUGUCAUUCAGAAGGGAUUUCCAGGAAAAUUUGUCAUGUGCCUUGAGUUCACGCACUUUAGCCGGACGCCAAAGGUUGUUGGGAUUGCUCAAGUUGUACACCAGGGGCGCCACCAUCAGAUUAUCCAAGAUCUAAAAAUGUACAAAUCGAGCAAUUUUUGUUCGUCCAAGGCUUGACUUACAAAAUUCAUUGAACGGUCUCAUUCUCUGAGACUUGAAUUAUUUUAAGAAGCCUUUGUCAUAUUGAAAAUGACUUGGCUUACUUUUCUCUUUUAUUUGCACUAUGUAAAAAAUACCCCCAAAUCAUGGGUUUGAUCAAUUAUUUUACAUAAUACCGAUAAAUCUUUAGCUUCAACUUUUCAGUUGAUGGUCAUUGCAAUAUUCAAAUGCUGGAUAUAUAUAUUAAUUCACCUUUUGCCUGGUAUUCUAUAUCUGAAAAAUGUCAAGUUACAUUGUUGUACUUUAUACGUCAUACGCUAUGAAAAUAGAAAUAUCGAAAUUCUCAGCCAAGCAUGAAUGCUUUGAAACAGAGACAGAGCCACAACUUUUCAGAAGCAUUUCAACCAGCAUUUCCUGCAAGAGACAAAAACGACUAAUUUGCACGCACCACACAUCGUGUUGUACGUAUUAUGUGUGGGAGGAGAAAAUUUCUAUUUGCUUUUCAAAUCUCAACGCAACUUCCACUAGUCCCGAAUAAAAUCUUGGCCACCCAAGGAAGAAUGAGAUUCCGAGUGAUUGCAGUUUUUUUCACGUUCACCUUAUUAGCUUCAGGCUACGUGAGCUUGGCCAAGAAUACGACAUCCAUGGACUUUACAAAGGAAAACCUGGAAGUUUCUCGAAAACUCGGGCUCGAGAUGCAGAAACUCCUCAACCAAAUUCGAAACCAGCUCCAUGUGAACCAGAAAAGUCUUCGUAAAAGCAUCAUCAAAUCCAACCGAAGAUCCGUGGGAUCGGCCUUUGGAUACAUCACUGCCAUUCUCAUGCUGGUUAAAGUCAAGUACUACGACCAAACAUUCGUGGAUUUGCCCACUGUCUUGGAUGUUGCCGGGAUCGUGACUGAAGAUGCUGGGUACGAUGCAGAGGAGUUGCAUGCCGUUGAAUUUGUCGACACCCGAUGCAUCCAUGAGUUGGAGCCUCUUAUUCGAUUCUAUGGCAUCCAGAAACAAUUCGAAGACCUGGAGUUUGAGCAAAUCCAAUAUCCCCAACACCGUUUGGAGGCUCAUAAACAGAUUCUUUGGCGAGAUCUGACAGAAUUCCGUCGCCACGCUCAAGAUCAACUUGGAUGCUUACUGAAAGGAGCGAGAAUUGACGCUGAAGAACAAAGGCUGCUUAGCCUUUUAACUCUGUAUACAAAGACUGCUUCGCUCAGAUUGGGCCAGUUUGUUUAGCUGGCCACUCAAUGAAUAGGCCUUUGGCAUAUCUAAAGCUGAUGUUACGUGGAACCUGGAUCGAAUGGAACGAUGGGUUUGCUCAUGCUUACCUGCAGCUGAAAAAAGCCGUAUAUUGGUCCACCGAUGUAAACCUAAAAUGAUGAAUAAAACAAUUAAUAUAGCAAAAUUCCAAUUGAAAUCGUUAAAUACUUCGGCUAUGGUGGCUUCACCUUCUCCACCUAUCUGUCGCUCACCAAGCAUCUCAACCUUAUCGAGAGCCAGGCCAGGUUAAGAUUGGAUACAUUUGCAAUCUUUUAAGUGGAAUCUCCCUCUCCUCGAG